GUAAAUGUAGGCUGUACGUAGCUUCCCCCUCCCCUUCGUCAAAAUCUUCCCCUUCCCCCACCCCCUCGAUUUCGAUUAUAAAUAUUCCGCCAUUUUUGUCUCCCGGCCAGCACGGCGCAUACAAUAGGAAACGCUCCCGCUUUCCUUGGUAACGCGCUUGACCCUGACCCUCGUGUUUGUUGAUCAAGCACGAACCCAGCAGCAUCAGCGCUAGCCAGUACCGCCGGCCCCCAUCUCCGAUCGGAUCGGCCGUCCUCGCCGCCGGCGAGCGAUCAAGAUGGUGCUCUCCCACGCCGCGUCGGGAGGGUCGUCCGACGACUCGGUGCACUCCACCUUCGCCUCCCGCUACGUCCGCGCCUCCCUGCCAAGGUACCGGAUGCCGGAGAACUCGAUCCCCAAGGAAGCGGCGUACCAGAUCAUCAACGACGAGCUGAUGCUGGACGGGAACCCGCGGCUGAACCUGGCGUCCUUCGUCACCACCUGGAUGGAGCCCGAGUGCAACAAGCUCAUGAUGGACUCCAUCAACAAGAACUACGUCGACAUGGACGAGUACCCCGUCACCACCGAGCUCCAGAACCGAUGCGUGAACAUGAUCGCGCAUCUCUUCAACGCUCCUCUUGGGGAGACCGAGACGGCCGUGGGGGUGGGCACCGUCGGCUCUUCGGAGGCCAUCAUGCUCGCCGGGCUGGCCUUCAAGAGGCGUUGGCAGAACAAGAUGAGGGCCGCCGGCAAGCCCUGCGACAAGCCCAACAUCGUCACCGGCGCCAACGUCCAAGUUUGCUGGGAGAAAUUUGCGCGCUACUUCGAGGUGGAGCUCAAGGAAGUGAAGCUGAGCGAGGGGUACUACGUGAUGGACCCCGAGAAGGCCGUUGAGAUGGUCGACGAGAACACCAUCUGCGUCGCGGCCAUCCUCGGCUCCACCCUCAACGGCGAGUUUGAGGACGUCAAGAUGCUCAACGACCUCCUCGUCAAGAAGAACGAGGAGACAGGGUGGGACACGCCGAUCCAUGUGGACGCGGCGAGCGGCGGGUUCAUCGCGCCGUUCCUGUACCCUGAGCUGGAGUGGGACUUCCGGCUGCCGUUGGUGAAGAGCAUCAACGUGAGUGGGCACAAGUACGGCCUCGUGUACGCCGGGAUCGGGUGGUGCAUCUGGAGGAGCAAGGAGGACCUCCCAGACGAGCUCAUCUUCCACAUCAACUACCUCGGCGCCGACCAGCCCACCUUCACCCUCAACUUCUCCAAGGGUUCCAGCCAGGUUAUCGCGCAGUAUUACCAGCUGAUCCGCCUUGGUUUCGAGGGGUACAGGAACAUCAUGGACAACUGCCAGGAGAACGCAAUGGUGCUCAAGGAGGGGCUGGAGCGCACCGGCCGGUUCAACAUCGUGUCCAAGGACCAGGGCGUCCCGCUGGUGGCCUUCUCCCUCAAGGACAGCAGCCGGCACGACGAGUUCGAGAUCUCCGAGUUCCUGCGCCGCUUCGGGUGGAUCGUGCCGGCCUACACCAUGCCCCCCGACGCGCAGCACGUCACGGUGCUCCGCGUCGUCGUCCGGGAGGACUUCAGCCGCACCUUCGCCGAGCGCCUCGUCAUCGACAUCGAGAAGGUGCUCCACGAGCUCGACGCGCUCCCCUCGCGCAGCAGCGGGCCGUCCCUGCAGCACCCCAACGGCGACACGGUGAGCGAGAAGGACCUGGCGAGGCAGCGCGAGGUGGUGUCCGUCUGGAAGAGGGCCGUCGCCGCCAGGAAGAAGACCCAGGGCGUCUGCUGAGCAGAGCUGAGGCGGUUCACCUCGCCUGCUGUCCGUGAUGAUUUUAUUUCCGUAAUAAUUUAUGCUAUGCUUCUCUUGUCCGUGACGGUUUUUAAGGGGCGGGAUUAAUAGUUCUUCUAGCUCCGUUAUUGGAUCCAUCGAGUAUUUUCAUGUAUGUGUUGAACAACAGUAAAGUACUUGCAUAUUUGUGCACAAACACUAGAGUACGUACCUAGCAGCAGUUCUGUGUUUAUUUGGGUUCCCGAUAUCUAAUCAAAAUCGAUGUUUCCACACACUUA